GAGGCGUCGAGCCGCAAUGGAGGACGAGUCUGAUGGACGGACCGUUAUUUUGGGGAGAUCCCUUAGCGAGCCGGGAAGGUUUGCAUACGCCGGCCUCUGUGGCCUCUGUCUGGCACAGUUAUACCCUGAAAAGGCGCAAAGGACUUUCUGCAGGAAAUUCGUUGAAGAUUUAGUGGAGUGGUUACAGCUGUCCACUUCGGUGAUGCCAGCAAUGGUGGCCUUUGCCAGCGGCCUCGGCGGGGAAGGAACAGAAACGUUCACUCAGGUUCUACUGGAUGAUCCGGUUCUGAAGAGAAACCCAACGCUUAUCACUCAGGACUUGGUGUCUUUUUGCCUUAGAGAAGGCUAUUACGACGCUCGGAGUCGGGUGCUGAUCUCGCACGUCUCCUGGCUGUUGCGGGUCCCUCCGGAGGCCGUGGAAAUGUGCGAGGAAUCCCUGAUGCAGAGUCUGAAGCAGUACACGGACGAGCCCUCACAAUCGACGCAGGAGUCUCGCAGGAAGAAGGAAAGUCGGAAGAAGCUGAAAAGAUACUUACUCAUCGGGCUGGCCACUGUCGGUGGAGGGACUGUGAUAGGUCUCACCGGGGGUCUGGCUGCACCGUUCGUAGCCGCUGGAGCCGCUACUAUCAUCGGAAGUGCAGGGGCUGCGGUACUGGGAUCCACUGCCGGCAUCGCUAUUAUGGCGUCGCUUUUUGGUGCUGCUGGAGCCGGGCUUACAGGUUACAAGAUGAAGAAGCGGGUUGGAGCAAUAGAAGAAUUUGAGUUUUUACCGUUAACUGGAGGGCGACAUCUCCACAUCUGCAUUGCGGUCACAGGCUGGCUGAGCACGGGAAAAUAUGGAAGCUUUGUUGCCCCGUGGCAAAGUCUGUUGCACUCCACCGAGCAGUACUCCCUGGCGUGGGAGUCCAAAUACCUCAUGGAGCUUGGAAACGCUUUGGACGCCCUCCUAAACGGCAUCAUGAACAUUGUUGCUCAGGAGGCCCUGAAAUACACCAUCCUGUCAGGUAUCGUGACAGCCCUGACGUGGCCAGCAUCGCUCAUUACCGUAGCCAGUGUGAUCGAUAACCCCUGGGGGGUAUGUCUCAGCCGCUCAGCGGAAGUUGGCAAACAUCUGGCUCAGAUCCUCCUAACCCGACAGCAGGGAAGGAGACCCGUCACGCUGAUCGGAUUUAGUCUGGGCGCUCGUGUCAUUUACUUCUGCCUGCAGGAGUUGGCUCAGGAGGCAGGCUCGGAGGGCAUCGUCGAGGAUGUAGUCCUUUUGGGAGCCCCCGUGGAAGGUGAUCGAAAGAAAUGGGGAGCCCUGACCAAGGUGGUGUCCGGAAGAAUCAUUAAUGGAUACUGCAGAGGAGACUGGCUGCUGAGCUUUGUGUACCGCAGCUCCUCGGCGAAGCUGAACGUGGCCGGAUUGCAACCCGUUAACCUGGAUGACCGCAGGAUGGUGAACGUGGACCUGUCCUCCGUGGUUAAGGGACACCUGGAUUACAUGAAGCAGAUGGACACAAUACUGAAGGCCGUGGGCAUUAAAACCAAAGAGUGUCGUUUUGAAGAACAGAGCGGCCUCCUUAACCACUCGACAACCCGAAUUGUGGAAAAAUGUAAUCAGCCGCCGACCGAGGAGUGCGACGGAAACGCUCCUUGGGAUUGGGAACCUGUCGUUUCCGCAGAGGCAUCAGAUCCUCUAACCAGACGCGACUCCCAGCUCCGGGACAAAGAGUUGCAACCGCAGGGAGCAUCUCGGUCCACCUGCAUCAGAUGUUCUGCCACAGAAGAAGCUCAACCGCCCUGCGCAGACUGCACAAACAACAACGAGGCAACGGCAAGAGCCGACAAACUCAAACCUGAUAGAGGGAGCAGCGAGACAUCGUACAAGUGACCGCCAUCGAGAGCGCGGACUCUUAACAUAAUCCAUGUGCUGCCACGCGGACAGAUCCAUGACACAAAGCCAUCUAUAUACGUGGCACCGAGGCCUGUCCUGGAAUCUUGAUUGAACGUGGCACAGGACGCGGUCCUUCCCCUCCCGUCAGCGCUUGGCGGCUGGGAGGAUCGUCAGACUGCACCUUCAUAUAAUCUCCGAGGCUGUGAAGCCCUAAUAAGGAAAAUGCCGUCCACGUUUUUACUGGAAGCUCCGUUACGGCCAUUUUUCUGAAAGUCUUUCCAAAGAAAUGUGAAUUGUUUUUAGGGAUACCAGAGGAAGAAACGUGAACGUUACCAGCGGCUCGUCUCACUUUGCAAUAGAA